AUGGUUGCAGAAACAAAACUUUACAACUACCUAGGUAUACAGCCCGAGGCUACCCAAGAUGAAAUAAAGAAAGCUUACAGAAAGAUGGCCCUCAAGCAUCAUCCUGACAAAAACAAAGACAAUUCAAGCUCUGCGGAUAAGUUCAAAGAGGUUUCACAAGCCUAUGAGAUACUCUCUGAUCCCGAGAAACGUUCCAUAUACGACCAAUACGGAUUAGACUUCCUCCUUCGUGGCGGACCUGCGCCUCAAGAAGCAUCUGCUGGCGCAAACCCCUUUUCUGGAUCUAGUGGACCAAGUAACGCUGAAGGUAUUCCAAGCGGGUUUGGGUUUUUUGGUGUUCCAACCGGCGGUGACGUUCCAGACUUCCGAACUGGAUUCAGCUCUGGCGGCUUUUCCUUCUCUAACCCUAACACAAUAUUCAAUGACUUUUUUCGAGCACAAAGAGGAAUGGAUAUCUCAGCAGGCUUAAAUGACGACUUAUUUAGUUCCACUGGGCGUAUAUCUUCUCAAUCCAAUCAAUCUAACGGAUUUAGCGCCGGACAACCAAGUAUUCGUCGUGCUACAACAACUGAAGUAUCGACUGUCGAGAGACCCCUAGCCCUGACCCUGGAAGAGCUUUACAACGGUACCCACAAAAAAAUGAAAAUCAAGCGAAAGGCUUUUGAUGAGUUUACGGGUAAAAGAACUACUCAGGAUAAAGUCUUGGAGAUGGACAUUAAGCCAGGACUUAAAAAGGGGUCAAAAAUCAAAUUUAAGGGCGUUGGAGAUCAAGAAGAAGGAGGCCAACAAGAUCUACAUUUUGUUGUUGAAGAGAAAAAGCACCCCCUCUUUACUCGUGAGGGCGAUGAUGUUCAUUACACCAUUGAGCUGGACCUUAAAGAAGCUUUGACAGGCUGGAAGCGUACCGUAGCUACCAUUGACGGUAGGCAAAUCAAUAUUGAAAAGUCUGGUCCGACACAACCGGGAAGCAAAGAUGAAUAUCCUGGUCAAGGCAUGCCAGUGAGCAAGAAACCAGGAACUAGGGGUGCAUUUGUGGUCACUUAUCAAGUAAACUUUCCAACUACCUUGACACCGGAACAGAAGAGAAAGUUAAGGGAAAUUCUUUAA